AUGCAACAUGUAGCUGAUUUAUUCAUCAAUACACGGAUGAAACGUAGUAUCCGGCUGGCAUUGCUCCUUCCUUCCUUCCUUCCUUCCUUCCCAAUCUGCCUUCCAUCCUUCUGUCCCUAUCUUCCUUUUUUCUCACCUUCUCUCCCCCGUCUCCUUUUUCCUUUCCUUCCUUUCCUUUCCUUUCCUUUCCUUUCCUUUCCUUUCCUUUCCUUUCCUUUCCUUUCCUUUCCUUUCCUUUCCUUCCCUCUUUCCUUUCCUUUCCUCCAUUUUUUUCACUCUUCUUUUUUUCUUUUCUCCUUCAGCUACAUCGCCACUCCACUGGCUGGGCUUUUGAACGUCAAAGAAAAAACCCGAUUAAAAGCCACGCCCAAUCCAGUGCUAGAGAAGUUUUAUUCCACUUCCUGCAAACAUCCCAAACAGGGGGCUAUUGAGGCGCUGUCCAAAAAAAGCGGCUGCAGCCCCCGGCAGGUGGAGCGCUGGUUCCGGCGGAGACGAAACCAAGAUAGACCCAGUUUGCUCAAGAAAUUUCGGGAAGCCAGUUGGAGAUUCACGUUUUACCUUGUUGCUUUCAUUGCUGGCAUGGCGGUUAUAGUUGAUAAACCUUGGUUUUACAACCUCGAAGAAGUGUGGGACGGAUACCCUAUUCAGCCCUUGCUUCCUUCCCAGUACUGGUAUUACAUCACUGAGCUGUCCUUUUACUGGUCGCUCUUGUUCCGCAUCGCCUCCGACGUGAAACGGAAGGAUUUCAAGGAGCAAGUAAUUCAUCAUGUCGCUACUAUCAUCUUGAUCAGUUUCUCCUGGUUCACCAACUAUAUCCGGGCAGGGACCCUCAUCAUGGCUCUACAUGAUGCCUCCGACUACCUGCUGGAGUCUGCCAAGAUGUUCAACUAUGCCGGCUGGAAAAAUACCUGUAACAACAUUUUCAUCGUAUUUGCAGUCGUCUUCAUUAUCACCCGCUUAAUCAUUCUUCCUUUCUGGAUUCUCCACUGCACCAUGAUUUAUCCUUUAGAGGUUUAUCCUCCUUUCUUCGGCUAUUACUUUUUCAACAGCAUGAUGGUAGUCCUUCAGUGCCUCCACAUAUUUUGGGCCUACCUUAUCGUUCGCAUGGCUCAGAAAUUCAUAACUGGAAAGAUACUGGAGGACGAGCGAAGCGAUCGGGACGAAACGGAUUACUCCGAGGGGGAGGAAGAAAAGGCUGCUGCGGGCGCUGUGCCCGGCGCAGGAACCAAGAACGGCCCUCUCACCAAUGGGCACCCUAUCUUGAACAAUAACCACCGGAAGAAAGUAGAAUAAUUCCCCACCGGCUCUGUUUCCCCCCCCGCCCCACCCCCCGAAUGCCCGUCUUUCUCUCUCUUUCUCUUUUUGGCCCCAGCUCAUCCUGAGUCCGUUGCGUGAUGCGUCACCUGAGACUGGAGGGUGUUUUCGUUUUGUGGCCAAGCCAAAAAUUUGAGGAAAGACGGCUUAAAUUCGGGCACGAGGUUCCUCUGCCUACGAUUAUCCAGAAUGGUUUGCCCCAUUUCCCCCCCACCAUCACUUUUGGGGAAGGGGGGGGCGCCGUGCUCCUACCGCCUGCUAAUCUGGCUUGGAAGGAAUCGUUCCCCUCAGAAGGCGUCCCCCACAAGACCCCCUCUUCCUCCUCCCGUUUACUCCCGCCCCCCAACCUUCACCAAACUGCCUUAAAUUCUCAUCGGGGAAGCCAAGAAAAAUGUCAGUCCUUCCCUCUUGUUUCCCCCCCCUUUCGCCCCCUUACUUGUUGAACCCCCAAAUACAAACUGACCCCCUAAAGAAAGGCAGGAAGGGGG